AUGCCAGCAAGACCAUCGUCACCACCAGCGUUCACAAACAACCCUGCUUCUAUUGCAGGGUCGACUUCAACAACUUGCCCCUCCUUGCUGCCAACAUCACCCCUCAGGAUCCCAGAGAUCCUCACCAACAUCCUCUCUACAUUAACGAAACCCCAACUCGCAACAUGCUCAACCGUCUCGCGUGCAUGGAGACAAGCGGCGAUCCCGUUGCUCUGGUCAUACAUUGACUACACACCUCAUAACCCCGACUUCAUGACCUUGCUCGCCAAUUAUGGCCACCAUGUUGUUUAUCUGGAUCUCUACCUCGUCAACACGCCGCCUUUUGUCCCACCCCCUCACGUCACCUUGAGUAAGAUCCUAAGCGCGACUCCUUUUGUCAGGCACCUUUAUCUCAAGUCGUCUUCUCCAGGACAAGGAGCGGCGCCGACUGUAUUGGUGGACGCAACCAGCAAAGUCUCAUCUAUCCUGACUGUGAUCUCGGACACGGUCGCUCAUCAACUGGUUGCCCUCAGGCUGGAUAUUGGGGAUCUCGCAGAACAGGAUGCCAGGACAUUCUUCCCGACUCUGAGGGCGCUCCGGGAGCUGGAGCUGACCGGAUGCAGACAGCACGUGGUGGACGCUGUUGUGGACAGUGGGCUGCGGUAUCUCAUCAAGGUUGUCUUUCUAGAUGGCGCAGGAACCACCCCUAGAGUUCAUACCACUGAAGAUGGCGUGUUUGGCGACGUGUCAAUCGAGGAGCUUGGGAAAUCGUUCCCGGGCCUGCAAACCUUGGGUAUCUUUAACAACAAUCGCAUCACGCUCUCAGGCUUGACUGGAUUCGCGGAUCAUUGCAAGACGUUGACCCGCUUUCAGCUACAGUGCUGUCCCUAUGUCGGGUCUGACGAGAUAUCGGCUUUGAUCAAGGCAUCUCCUGGUCUGGCGCAUGUAUCUCUGGGACACUCAUCUGCGAACGAUUCGAUCUUGAUGGAUCUGGCAUCAUCACUUGAUCGCGCAUCGCGUCUGCGGAGCCUAUCGGUAUCCUUCUCACCACUCAUCACAACAGCUGGCAUCCGAACUAUUGUCGACUCUUGCUUCGGAUUGGAAGAACUGGACUUUGAACUGUGCCCGAGAGUGACACUGGAUGUCUUUUCGGAACCGGCCUGGGUGUGCCUUGGACUAAAGGUGCUGAACAUGAGCAACAUACACGGUGGAUCCACGUCCUCGGUCGACAGUCGCAGGGCUCGAUCUGGACUCGACCCUACGCUUAUGUUCUCCUUCUCACUUACCGUCUGUUGUCUCAAGGACAUGUAUCAUCAACUCGGUCGACUCUCGCUGCUUCAAGAGCUGGACAUGUGCGGACUCCCAUUUCGGCUGAAUCUGAUGGAUCAAGGCAGGGAUGCUAUCGAGGGUCUCGAGCGCCUACGAAUCUUGCGUCUGUCGGAGGAAACCUUUCCACUGGAGCCCAAGGAUGUGAUAUGGCUGGCGACUCGGCUGUCCAGACUUCGCUGGCUUGAAUUGGGUGAGGAGUCGAUCAGAAAUCACUCUCGCAAGAUGUUGAUGGAAGUCAACCCGGACAUUCGGAUCUUUAUUGUGGAUAGGCGGAACCAUUCUAGGAGGGCUCUUCAGAGACAUCGUCGACUCACGGAACCGCCUAUCCCCGACCCGCCGAGCUCGACGUUUGAAAACGACUGGGUGUACGACGAAGAUGAGGAAGUCGACGAACUAGACAACAAUGACUUGGGGGACGACUUUUUAGACGAGGAUGGUCCAACCUCGGCAGGCGGCGGCGAUAUAAGUGAUGACGAUGAUGAUGAACCACAAGGGAUGGAUGGACUGGAGUAUGAACACCUAGGCCACAUCGAAUUCACACCACCACAUCCACCUGACGCCGAAACCGACAGCUACGGAGAUGACAACAACGAAGAUUACGAUGAGGACCCUGAUGCGUUUGGAGCCGGUCUGCUGUACAGGUACGGUAGUAAUGCGUGCCCUGCAGACUAUAGCGCGAGUUUCGGCGGUAGUCACGACUAUUCGGAGGACGAAAGCGACCACGAUGAAGACUAUAUUGCUGUCGAGCAGUCUCCUGGACGUUCUUCUUACCCACCAUCGGACCCCGAGCUGGAAGCUGAAGACGAAGAGUCAAUGGAGUCCGAUGACGAAGAGUCAAUGGAGUCCAAUGACGAGGAGUCCAUGGGUUCAGACGACACAGGGCUUAUGGGUUCUGAUGACGAGGUACCUUACGAAACUGACGACGGAGACUCCCUGGCGCCUGAUGAAGAGGAGCCUGAGGAGCUUGACCAUGAAGAGUCCUACGAACCUGAAGACGAGAACUCCUUGGAUUCCGAGGACGAGGAAGAACCUGAGGAUGGAGGAGAAGAUGAGAUUACACCAAGUCCUUCUCAGAUGAGUUGGUUAGGUCAUGACGACGAAGUGCAGGACGACUUUGAUGAUGAUGCCUACCAUCCAGCACAAGCUGAAGCGGCCUUCCUUGCACAGCAGACUGAGGAGGACUUUUAUGACGAGCAGGCAAGAGAGGCGUACGAGAUAGAUCGGAGCCGUCCCGAAGCCGAGGCUGAGUACGAGUGCGACCUGGAGCAGGUCUACCUCAAAGCCGAUGCUGAGUACGAGAACGAACUAGAGCGGGCCUAUCUCGAAGCCGAGGCUGAAUACGAGAACGAACUAGAGCAGGCCUAUCUCGAAGCCGAUGCCGAGUACGAGAACGAACUAGAACAGGCCUAUCUCGAAGCCGAUGCCGAGUACGAGAACGAACUAGAACAGGCCUAUCUCGAAGCCGAUGCUGAGUACGAGAACGAACUGGAGCAGGCCUAUCUCGAAGCCGAUGCUGAGUACCUUAUGGCCAAGGCUGAGCCGGACAGCGAAGACCAGCAGGAAGCCCUCGCAGCCCAGGCUUGGCAGGAGGACGAGGAGGAACAAGAGAGUCUUGAGGCUCCUGCCGAGUUCUUUGCAUAUCAAGCCCUACCAAGAUUCUAUAUGGAACAGGAUAGCUCGCAGGAGUAUGAUGAACAGGAUUCUAGCGACGACGAGGACAUUAGUCAGGACGAUGGACACUCGGACUUGGACACUGUCGACUCUCUACUGGACCAAGAUGAUGACACCGACCAGGAUGAUGACGACGAAGAUCCUGAGCAGGUCAAGUAUGGUUAUGAUUGGGAGCAAGAGAGUGAUGCUCUUUUUGCGCUGGACCCGGAUAUAUACUAUAUGGAUAGCGAGCAGAACAACAUGUCUACUGAGGGUGAUAUUACGAGCUCUGAGCGAUUCGACAGCUACGACGAUCCUGACUCUGAUGAUGAUGACGACGAUCGACGUGCGGAUCUGGACCAGGAUGACAGCGACUAUGGCCAGUACGAGAGUGAUAGCGUCGACUGGGCUGACCAGGACGACGAUGAGGGUGACGACUUUUCGGACGAGAGUGGCACCGAUGUGGUCGUUUGGGAUGAAAACAGCGAUGAUGGUGGCGGAGUUGAUCAGGAUGAUGGCCGUGAAGAUGAGGGUAUCUACCAGGACGACGAAUCUGACGAGGACCUGUGA